CACCAACCCCCUCCCUCUGACUCUUGUCCCCACAUAGCUCCUCGCUCUGCUUUCUUUGUCGCAUUCAAAUAGCACUAUGCUAUGAAGAAGUCACAGUUACUACUCAUUUUGAGGUCUAAACUCCAUGGCCAUUCAACAUGACAAGGUCUCCGCAGUCCGCCGCCUUGCGACGCAGGAAGCGUGACUCCACCACCCAGUCAGUGGACUUUUUGAACACGGUGAUGCACACGAGCUUGCCCGCCAGAUCCGAGGUCAACCCCCCCAAGUCUACUCCGCAUCGCACACGCCGCACCACGUUAGCAGGACAUCAACUGUCUCGCGACGAUUUUGGGGAGAUUCCACCUUCUCCUGAACCGGGCCCGGCAUCUGAGCCCCGACGCCGCGUCUUGAAAAACUCCACCAUCGCCCAAUCGCCACGGAGGAAUCGACCCCAAAGGUCUGUGGAGAUUGAAUCUAGCACACAACCGGAAACACCUGAGGCGAGCCGGCAGGAUUGCGUUUCCGCCGAGGCAGAUGACGGGAACAUAAGUGAUGAAGGGGAGGACGACAAUAUUGAGGAGGACGAAGAUGCGAGUGGUCUUACCGACUUUCCCGACAAUCAGGCUGGUGGUAAUGCCAAUGGUACUGAAAUAAUGGAGAUUCCAGACGACGGAUCAUCGGAAGAUGGUGUUCCUCUGGAUCUCUUCUCCGAGGAAGAGGUUGCAGCUGCACAGCGCGUAUCGAAUUCGCCUUCCACAGAAGAAGACAAGCCAUCAGUGAGGCAAUGGGCUUCAAUGGGCAGUGUCGGCUCGAAUGCGGUUCCGGACACCGGUGGUUCGGAGAAUGAGCAAGGGCAUGCCUCCGAAGCAGAAGACAGCAGCCGAUUACCAUGCUUUAGCCCAUCUUCAGAUUCUGCGAGCGAUGCGAGUGAAGAGCUUGGAAGGUCUUCGGAGGAUGCAUCCGAAAAUGACUAUGCGAGCUCUCCAGGUCUCUCUUCCGCGGAUGCGUACACCCGUGCCGACAGGCGUGGAAUGGCGGAGAAGGGUUCCUCGCCAAAGUCUAUGAAUAAGAGUAUGCGAAGACGAACUCAAGCAGCAGCAGCAGCAGCAGCACUCGCAAGCACGUCGCGCAAAUCGGAUAGGGAAAUACGAAUGCAGGAACCAAAAACGUUGAAAUCCUCUACCAUAGCAACCCGAGAUGGAUCGAGUUCCCGCGACAAAUCACGAAGUGGUGAUUCUCAUGCAACCCUGCCACCGCCACCGUCACCGCUAUCUGACAGCAGCAGUGAACCUUCCGAUGACAACGAGUACGAAUCCGCCGCAUCUGACAGUGGCUCCUAUGGCUCUGGCAAUUCAGACGCACAUCAUUCAAGCGUCGAAUCGUCCCCCAUUUCAUCCCCCAGAAAACGAAAACGAACUGGAUCGUCUUCCCGACCGGUUCGAGCAACACUGUCUCCUGGCGAGCGAGGUGUUGUGCAGGCGACUCAUGGUUCGCCAUCAACAAGGGGCAUUGGAUCUUCAGCCAGUGCCCGUUCGUGGAGUCGAUCCGACGAAGGCUCGGAGCCUCUUGAGGGCUCCGGGGACGAGCUGGAUUUCCUAGCCGACAGUCCAUGGUUUCAGAAGGCAUCCAAAGCAAAUCAUCAGCAGCAAAACUGGAAGGCCAUCAUCCGGCACGCCCGGAAACUGAACGAACUGGAUCCUGAUAAACUCACCGCGAGGCUCGAUCCGAUCCGAAACCGGAUUUAUUCGCUGUUCGCAUUAUACAGAAACCUCGUGGAGCGCGCAAGAUGUGGCGAAGGUCCUUCUGAGAAUGAAGUUGGCAAUUGCCAUGAAGAUAUCAACAGCGUGAGACGAAUACAAGGCGAGCUGCGAGAUGAGGUAUACCUAGAGAGCCAGCAAGGUCCUGCCGCGAAGAAACGGGUGAUGGCCCUGGUGAAUGCAUUCUACACAGAGAUCAUCCCGCCUAUGGCGAGAGUUGUGCUCCUUUGCUACGAGGUCUCCCAGAUACAGGAGAAACUUUUCGCAGAGGCUUAUCAAUAUUUUCAGGAUACCCUAAUCAUGCUCUCCGAAUGGUGUCUGUGGACUGACGCUCUCUCCGAAUGGUUAUGUCAGGUCAGUUGCGUUGAGUCGGAGCUCCGUCGUGCGCUGGGAAAGCUCAUUCAAGCAUUAAACCAACGCGAAUUACAAAAGCGGCCACGGCCCAGGACUCCCCAAGGAAAGAAAGACGAGCCACCUUCUGUGAAAUCAACCCCGUGGACCGAGCAAGAGGAGAAGGCGUUAAUUAUAGGGUUACGGAAAUAUCCUGCAAGAUCGACCAACCGGUGUAAACUGAUUAUGAAUGAUUUCCGGCACGAGCUCCGGAACCAUACUUUCAAAACGAUGCGGGAGAAAUGUAAAGAGAUGUAUUCUGUUUAUGUCUCACAGCUGAGAGAGCAGCUGGAGACCGAGGAAGGGCAACAGAAAUGGAACUGGGUCCUGACUAUCCCAGGGUCGCGGUAGUUUCGUCGACGACGGUUUAAACCAUGGGUGGGUGGAGGGAGAACAGCCGAUUUGCUGGAGAACCAUGGAUCCCAUUGUUUUGAAUUGCGGGGAAUGCACAGUAAACAGCUUCAAUUCCACGUAAUUAUUUUCAGG